AUGGCCGAGGUCAGAAUUUCACGGUUCUUCUGUCUAGUGUGUCUGGAUCCCCCGACGGAUCCAGUAACGACCGACUGUGGUCACAAUUUCUGUAUGACCUGUAUUAAUGAAUACUGGGAUCAGGAGGAUCAGAGGGGAGUGUAUAGCUGUCCUGAGUGCACAGUCAAGUUCACUCCGAGGCCUAAUUUACGAAGAAACAUUUUGCUGACUGAAGUGAGUGAUUCAGUGAAGAAGACUGUCCAGGGUGCUUCUCCUGCUCACCGUUACGCUGGACUCAGGAGAAUGGUAAAGGAGGAACAGAUGAAAUUCGAGGAGAGAAUCCAGGAGAAGCAGGAGAAGGUGCAGGAGCUGAGACAGGCUGUGGACACUGUAAAGCUCAGUGCACAGACAGCAGUGGAGGACAAUGAGAUGAUCAGCUUAAUUGAGAUGAUCAGCUCCAUGGUGAAGAUGCACUCGGAGGUGAUGGAGCUGAUCAGAGCUCAGGAGAAGGAUGAACUGAGUCGAGCUGAACGACUCCUGGAGCAGGAGAUCACUGACCUUCAGAGGAGAGUCACUGAGCUGGAGCAGCUUUCACAGACAGAUGAUCACCUCCACUUCCUCCAGAGUUUUCAGUCUCUCCAUUUCUCUUCUGGAUGCGAUUACUCAUGCAGGAUCACUGUCAAUCAAGAUCUCUCAUUUGAUGGAGUGAGGAAAUCUCUCUGUGAUCUGAAAAAGAGAAUUGAGGAAGUCUGCCAGGAAGAAUUCACCAAAAUCCCUGAACAUGUUGCAGCAGUUCAGAUCAUUUUACCUUCAGAACCAAAGAGCAGAGAAGAUUUUCUGCAGUAUUUCUGUGAUCUGACUCUGGAUCCCAACUCAGCAUAUAAUUACCUCAUUCUGUCUGAGACGAACAGAGAAGUGAUGUACAGUGAGAGAAGGCAGAACUACUCUGAUCUUCCAGAGAGAUUUGACAACAGGCACACUCUCCUUACUCAACAGGUGUUGAGUAAGGAGAGUGUGGGUGGACGCUGUUACUGGGAGGUGGAGAGGCGCCGUGAUGGUGUGGACAUAUCAGUGUCAUAUAAAGACAUCAGCAGGAAAGGAAGGGGUAAUGAGUGUAAGUUUGGAGGCAACAAUCAGUCCUGGAGUCUGCAGUGUUCUUGUUUAUAUUCCCUCACUUUCUUUCACAACAACAUUGAGACUGAUCUCGGAGUUCCAGCACCCUCCAGAAUAGGAGUGUAUGUGGAUCACAUUGCAGGAACUCUGUCCUUCUACAGCGUCUCUGACCCGGUGACGCUCCUCCACAGAGUCUGCGCCACAUUCACGCAGACUCUAUACGCUGGUAUCGGGCUCCACUGUUUGAUACUGUGAGAUUUUGUGAUCCAUAAGUAUGCGUGUAGUGUUUUAUGUAUAAUUCCACGCGUUUCUGUUCUACACACGUUUCUGAUUUAAACACACACACACACACACACACACACAAACACAGUCAUACACACACACAUAAAUUCACACACAAAACAUACACGCACAAACGCACACACAAGCACAGACAUGCGCAAACACACAGACACAAAAAACACAAACUCAGACACACACACAGAAACACAAACACGCAUACACACACAAUCAGACACGCACACAAAAGCAUAGACACACAAAAACAAAGAAACACACACAUGAACACAAGCGCACUCACAAACACAAAAACAUGCACACACACUGUCUCACUCUCCACAUAAAUAUCAUAUAAAUAUAUAUAAGCUCCUCCACAGAGAUCAGACCACAUUCAAUCAGCCUCUAUACGCUGGGUUUAUGCUCGACUGUUAUGGAUCAACUCUUGAGAUUGUGAUCCAAAAUAAACUGGUGGUGUUUUUUACUUUUCAUAUGUUAAUAUGUUCAUACUUUUCAUUGUUUCUGAAUAUACGUUGUAUUAAUAAUAAUACAGUUGAGUUGAGUAUGAUUCUUUUCAUUUCAAAUGUCCAUCUGCACUGCAUCCAGUCUAGCAUACAUGCACCAAGCAUAAAAUAUUAAAAUAUGAAAUCCUUUAUGUUUGAGCUUCUCAUCUAACAUGGCGUUUGUAGAUCAUUUUUUUGUAUAACAAGCCAUUAUACAUAUCACAUGACUAAAAAGUUUAGUGUUUGUUUCAUCCCAAUAAACU